AUGGUCAAGUGCUCGGUUAUUGGAUCGCGUCGACGGAGUCCCGCGUCGUGCAGACGACACUGCGGUCGCGACCGGGGCUCGGAGGCUGCGAGUAUCAUUGCUCUCGGCGGCGAUCGAUUGUGCUUAGGACGGCUUGAAGAUAAUCUCCUGAGUGAGCUACCUCCUGCCAUUCACCUCUUGCCCAUGCUCGAAGAUUUGUCGGUGGCCAGCAACCGCGUGGAGCGCGUGUCGCCGGGGCUGCAGGCGUGCGCCCGGCUGGCGCGGCUCGAGCUCCGCGCCAACCCGCUCUCCCAGCUACACCCGCGCGCGCUCGAGCACCUGCCGCGCCUCGCCACUCUCAUACUGUCGGAGGCCCGCGGGCUGGACAACCUGCCCUCGCUGAACGGCUCGGUGCGCUUGCACACGCUGCGCGUGGACCGCGCACGCCUCGCGCACCUGCCAUACGAACUGUGUGCGCACGCGCCGCAACUACGAGCCCUGGACUUGCGCUCUAACCAGCUGGAGCGCGUGCCGCAACUGCACGACUGUACUGAACUUCGCGUACUAGAUUUGUCCGACAACUUGGUGGAGUCCAUCGGCGGCGGCGCGCUGCGCGGUCUGCGUCGCCUGCACGACUUGCUGCUGGCGCGCAACCGCCUGCGCAGCGUCACCGCCGACACCUUCCUGCACACCCCGCGCCUGCAACUACUAGACCUCGAGGACAACCAAAUAGAGCACAUUGACAUGGAAGCGUUCGUCCCCGUUUCUAAAUUAGAAGACUUAAACGUGGGAAACAACGCGUUCCCGGUGCUGCCGGCGAGCGGGCUACAGCGGCUUCUGCACCUCAAGGCGCACAACAACCCCGCGUUGCGCCGCUUCCACCCCCCGGACCUCUUCCCAAGGAUACAGACGUUGGUGCUCUCAUACGCGUACCACUGCUGCGAGUUCAUGCCGCUGAUGGCGGGCGGCGCGGCCGAGGGCGGCGCGGCGGGCGGCGGCGCGGACGACGCCGAGCGCGAGCAGUUCAGCGACCUGGUGCUGCUGCCGCCCGCGCACGUCGACCUCGCCGCGUGGGCCAACGCCACCGACAUCUGGCCACACUACUUAAACGCAACAGGCGACGGCGGGUCGCGACUCGCGGCAGUAGAAUGGGGCGACGUAGGGGCUGAACUUAGGUUUUCAGGAGUUCGUCGUGUUCGAUGUUUGCCUUUGCCUGGUCCAUUUCUACCGUGCGUGGACCUGUUCGACUGGUGGACGCUGCGCUGCGGCGUGUGGGCGGUGUUCCUGCUGGCGCUGCUGGGCAACGGGACAGUCGUGUUUGUGUUGGUGUUUAGUCGCAGCCGCAUAGACGUGCCACGGUUCCUCGUCACGAAUCUAGCGGCAGCUGAUUUUUUCAUGGGAAUUUACCUAGGGUUUUUGGCAGUCGUCGACGCUGGAACAUUAGGUGAAUUUCGCGCGCACGCAAUAUCUUGGCAAAUGUCCGGCGGGUGUCGGCUCGCGGGCUUCCUGGGAGUGCUCUCGUCCGAGCUGUCCGUGUACACGCUGGCCGUCAUCACGCUGGAACGCAACUACGCCAUCACGCACGCCAUGCACCUCAACAAGCGGCUGUCGCUGCGGCACGCCGCCGCGGUCAUGGCGGCCGGCUGGGCCUUCUCGCUGGCGGCGGCCACGCUGCCGCUGCUCGGCGUCUCCGACUACCGCAAGUUCGCUAUCUGCCUGCCCUUCGAGACCGGCUCGCCCGCCGCCCUCGGAUACGUCGUCACUCUUCUCGCUAUCAACGGCUUAGCUUUCCUGGUGCUGCUCGGCUGCUACCUUAAAAUGUACUGUGCUAUACGCGGGUCACAAGCGUGGAAUUCGAACGAUUCUCGAAUUGCGAAGCGAAUGGCGCUUCUAGUGUUCACAGAUUUUCUGUGCUGGUCGCCGAUAGCUUUCUUUGCACUCACGGCGGCUUUCGGUGCGCAGCUCGUCUCUCUCGAGGAGGCGAAAGUGUUUACAGUUUUCGUUUUACCGUUGAAUUCAUGCUGUAACCCCUUCCUGUAUGCCAUUCUCACGAAACAAUUCAAAAAAGAUUGCGCCCUGGUGUGCAAGGCCAUAGAAGAAUCCCGCGUCACGCGGGGCAUCGGCCGAUGUAGGCACUCUUCAAACUUUAGCAAUCGCCAGACGCCGGCCAACACCAACAGCCUCGCGGAGCGCUCGUCCAGGGGGCAGCACGGCGCGGCGUGCGCGUGCCGCCGCCUGCUGCCCGCCGCCGCCGCGCCCGGCGCCGGCGCGCCGCCCACGGAGGCGGGCGGCGAGCGCCUGCUGCGCUGGCUGCGAGCGUGCGGCCGCCGCGCCGCCGCCCCCGCGCCGCCCGCGCCCCGCCAGCCGCCCGCUCCGCCCGCGCGCGCCGGCUCCGUGUCCUCUUCGGUGGAAUUCUCGUCGUCGCGCUCGGACUCCUGGCGCACGUACGGGCGGCCGCCGCCGCCGCCGCGCCGCGCCGCCUCGUGGUUGGUGGCGCGCAAGACGUCGCAGGACUCCAAUCUGUCGUCAUCGCGCAACGACUCGUCCGGCUCGAACGCCACGGCGUCGACGGGCACGUGGCGCACGUCGCGCUCGGGCGGCAGCGCGGCGGCAGGCGGCGCGGGGGCGGGCGGCGCCGGGGCGGGCGGCGCGGGGGCGGGCGGCGCGCGGCCUCGGCUCACGCGGCAGCCGGCGGUGGUGGCGGACGAGCCGCCGCUGUCGCCGGGCGCGCUGCCGCCGCCGCGCCUGCUGCACACCAUCCCGUCCGCGGCGGAGACGGAGGCGCAGACGGAGGAGGCGGACGCGCGC